GUGUGUAAAUAACACUAAUGCAAAAAACGAUUAUAGUAGGUAUGAUGGGGGCUUGGGAAAAGAUUAAUUCCUACAGUAAAUAGCAGAGAAAUUUUCAUAAGUGAGAUAGUAUCUGAGCUGGGUCUUGAAGGAUGGGUACUAUUUUGCAUAAGGGGAAAGGAGAGGCAGAGAAGAAAAGCUGGCUAGAAUGGAAGGGUUUGGAGGGAGAUGAGUCUUGGAGGGCAGGCUGAGAAACCAGCAUAGAGAGUUCUGAGUGCCAACCAUACACUUUUCCUGGUGGAGCAGCAGAGCAGCAUUACAGUCUUUCGAACUCUAUAUCCAUUUGAUCAGUUAGAGCUGUGCUCUCCAACUAUGUGUUCUUAACUUUAUUCACUUCAGAAGAUGUAAGAACAGUUCGAAGAACUCUUGUAUACUCUUCACACCGACUCAAAUUGUAAAUACUUCUUUCCAUAUAUCCCCGUAACCUCAUUGCUUGUCACACCUCCCUCCUUCCUCUUAAGCAAUUCAAGUUUUCUAUGUGUUUUUUCCUCUGCUUGGAUUUACACCCCACUCCCAGCCUGGUUGAUUCUUAUUCAUACUUCAGGCCUCUGCUACUCUCAGAAGACUUUCUUCACUCUCAAGACUAGGGUUCUCUGAAAAAGGGCGAGGAAAGCCAGCCGGUGGGGACAAUUCAGUCUCCACUCCCUUGGCCAGGCCCCAGGCUCCCGCCCGAGCAGCUCAACAUCCCACGCAGCCGCAGACGGCGCGGAGCGGAAGGGGCGUGGCCAGAGGGCGGAAGUAGCCGGAACCCGGAAGUGCGGCUCGCGUGUUGCGGCUGUCUCAGAGGCCUUGGAAUAAAAAUGGCUGUGGAAGGGAAGAACAAACGGAGGAAAAAAAGUGCCGAGCAGGGAAAGAACCCAGAUGACGGUGUUCGCGGGAAUCUGACCGGAGACUAUCUGGUUGGACAAGUCGCCAAUAGUUUAUUCCACGACAAGCUCUCCAGAGGCAGCACAGGUCGGCUGGCGUCCCUCUUCAGCUCUUUCGAGUCUCAGGUUCAACCCGUGUACGUGCCCGCGCCUAAAGAAACCGCUAGAAAAAGGAAACGGGAUGAGGAGGAAGAAAGUACAUCCCAGAUUCAAAGACCACUUUUGGAAGAACCUGCAAAAAAAAUGAAAGUGAAGAAGAAACACUCUGAUGCAGACAAAAAGUUGGCAAACAGGGAAAGUGCUCUAGCGAGUGCUGAUUUAGAAGAAGAAAUUCACCAGAAACAAGGGCAGAAAGGAAAAAAUUCUCAAUCUGGCAUUAAAGUUGCACAUAGAAAAGUACUUGACGAUGUAGAUGACACAGAUGUAAAUCAAAGAAAGAAAAUUCAGAUCAACCAAGAAGAAGAGAGAUCAAAGAAUGAAAGAACUGUGUUUGUUGGCAAUUUGCCUGUGACAUGUAAUAAGAAGAAGCUGAAGUCAUUUUUUAAAGAGUAUGGACAAAUAGAAUCUGUACGAUUUCGUUCUCUGAUUCCAGCAGAGGGAACUCUAUCCAAAAAGUUGGCAGCAAUAAAGCGUAAAAUUCAUCCUGAUCAGAAAAAUAUUAAUGCCUAUGUUGUGUUUAAGGACAAGAGUGCUGCUACAAAAGCAUUGAAAAGAAAUGGGACUCAGAUUGCAGAUGGAUUUCGUAUUAGGUUGAUCUUGCAUCUGAGACUUCAUCGAGGGACAAGAGAUCAGUAUUGUGGGAUCUCCCUUACAGCGUAAAAUUCAUCCUGAUCA